AUGGGGGGCUCUCUGCGAGCGCUGGCCUUGGCAGGGCUGCUGCUGUCGGUGGCCGUAUGCGGGGAGAUGUCGCAAGCGUCGGCACAGGCGGAGUCCUGGCCCUCCGCCUCCCUCUACCGCUGCCACCGCCACGCCCACCAGCGGAGGCCCACCUGGUGCAUCCGCCUCGCGAGGACGCCCCGCCGGCCGGGGCCACCGUCACCGCCGCCGCCGCCGCCCUCCAGCAAGGAGACCACCGUCUACGACGAGGAGAAGCGCCUCGUGCCCACCGGCCCAAAUCCUCUCCACAACUGA